GUGUGUAUAUAGCACAUUCAUUCAUUUCUGGCUCGUACCUGUAGCUGGAAGGUAUCACCAUGAAGAAAACAGAGAAUGGCACCGAGAAAUUUGAAGAGGAAGGGAAGGUUUUCUUCGACAGUGGAGAUGACUCGGAAAAAGGUCUGAACAAGCGGGAGACAUGGUCUACACGUAUCGAUUUUCUCCUGGCUUGUGUUGGAUUCUCGGUAGGAUUCGGUAACGUGUGGCGCUUCCCGUAUCUCUGCUAUAAAAACGGCGGUGGUGCAUUUCUCAUCCCUUACCUAAUAUGUGUGGUCGUCGCCGGCGUUCCUCUCUUUUUCCUGGAGGUGACCGUUGGUCAGUUCAUGGGGGUCAGCGGCUUCAAGGCAUGGAACAUUUGUCCACUUUUGCAGGGACUUGGAGGGACCACCACCACAAUUGUGUUCUUCCUCAACUGUUACUAUAACGUGAUCAUCUGCUGGGCCCUGUACUACGUGUUUUCCUCCUUCACCUCCGAGCUUCCCUGGAAGUCGUGUGGCCACGAGUGGAAUACGGAACAUUGCUACGACUUCAAUGCUGUCAACAGGACAGUUGUCAAUGUUACUGGUGUCGACAGCAACAUCACUGGUUCUACUGUCCUGGCAUCUUUGACAAAUUCAACAGUUAAUAUGACGUACUCGACAGUAAUCAGGAUUGACCCAGUCAAUGAGUUUUGGGAGAGAAAAGUUCUAGGUCUCUCGAGCGGAAUUGAUCAGAUGGGUAUAGUGAGAUGGGAUCUCGCUCUAUGUCUGCUCUUGGCCUGGGUGAUCGUUUAUGUUUGCAUCUGUAAAGGAAUCCGAACUUCCGGUAAGGUGAUGUACGUCACAGCGACUGCCCCGUACUUCUUUAUGCUCGCGCUACUCAUACGCAACUCUAUGCUAGAGGGGGCUGUUGAUGGAGUCAUCUAUUAUCUCAAGCCUGACCUUGCUAAACUUGGUGACAUGGAGGUAUGGAUUGAUGCCUCGACACAAAUCAUGUGGUCCUAUUCUAUAGGUAACGGCGCGCUGACCGCUCUAGGCAGUUACAAUAAGUUUAGUCAUAACUCCUACAGGGACGUCACAAUCUUCGCCUUCAUUAACUCUGGUACCAGUAUAUUUGCCGGUUUCCUCAUCUUCACCAUUCUGGGUCACAUGGCCUUUUUACAAGACACAACAGUGGACAAGGUCGCUGCCUCAGGUCCUGGUCUCGCCUUCAUCGCCUACCCUAAGGCCGUGUCUAUGAUGCCAGGGGCUCCUGUCUGGUCGGCUCUCUUCUUCAUCAUGAUCAUCUUCUUGGGAAUUGAUAGUCAGUUUGUACAAAUGGAAGGCUUCAUCACUGCCGUCGUAGAUCAGUACGCCCACAUUCUUAGAAGAGGAUACCGGAAGGAGAUAUUUAUAGCUAUCGUGUGUGCAGUCUCUUUUCUCAUUGGUCUAUCUAUGAUUGCAGAGGGAGGGAUGUACGUGUUUCAAAUAUUUGAUUAUUACUCCGGUAAUCGGGUAAUCCUGUUGGUGGCCUUUGCUGAAUGUGUUGCCGUGGCAUGGAUAUAUGGUGUUAAUCGAAUAUACGACAACAUUGAAAUGAUGCUCGGCAACCGUAUCAAUCGCUAUAUGUGGCUGGCGUGGACAGUUCUGACACCAAUGUUCUGUAUAGUGUUUUUCCUAAUAAGUAUAGUGACCUACUCUGAGCUGGACUAUAAGCGGACAACUUUGACCUACCAGUACCCAGGCUGGGCUGUAGCGAUUGGCUGGAUAAUGGCCAUGUCAUCGGCUGUCUGGAUUCCAGCUCUCAUUCUACACAAAUUCUUCAAAUAUGGGUUUAGCAUGGAGACUUUACGGCUAAUGCUUGUACCGAUGGGUCUGAAGGAACACCAGCUUAGAUCUAAGGACAAAGGGCAGAAAACAUUGGCUGAUCUGAGGAGGACGUAACACAGUCGAGAGGAAACGAAGAGUAGUUUUGUGUAUUAGCUGUUUUCUUUGUACGGAACACGCGUUCGCUUAUAGACUUAUGGUCCAAACAAUACAGAAAAAGUCUACCCAUCCUACAAAACAACGAUGUACGCUUGUGUACAUACAUAUACCAAAACCAUAAAGAUACAUCUCGUCCAAACACUACAGACAAACCAACUCAUUCCCUAAAACACCAAGGUACGCGUGUAUACAUACAUAUGCCAAAACCAUAAAGAUACAUCUCGUCCAAACACUACAGACAAUCUUACCCAUCUCCUAAAAAAAAAAUAAAAAACAGACACACAUAAUGUUUCAAAAACACAGACGUACACAUACACAUCCCCCAAAGACAGAAGCAUAUCAGUGUCCCACCCCACAAACACAAACGCACAUACAUACAUGACACAGACUCAAAUACUUGUUCCACAAAAACAGACACAUAAUACAUCUUCUGAACAUAUACAACAUCCUAACAUCUACAAAAAUACUCAAUUGAAUUAAGCAUUAAUCAUAAACAUUCAUGCUCAUCCACACAUAGCUUAAGCACUUAUCAAUAAACAGAAAUAAAUAUAUCUCUUCAUUUA